AUGGCUUCCUUCUCCUUCUCCUUCGCGGGAGAUGACAUUGAUGGCGCAGAUGAGCAUCCCGCCCCGGAGCUCGAGAUCGAGGCCUCGCAGCCGGCUACCGCGAGCGCUUUCCCCGUGCCAGGAAAGCCUCAGCUUCCACCGACCAGCCAUCGCCUGGCAGACAUGCUGGCGCAGCUGCCGUCCAAGAUUGCAUACAGCCUUUUGAACGUUACUCUCGACGGCGGGGAGGUGGUCGAGAUUCCCCGGCGCGAGCUGUGGGAUGUGAGGGUUCAGCUCAUGGCAGAGGACGACGAUGCCGCGGAGGGACCUGAAGGCCUUGGCAGCCACGAUGUCAAGACCGGCGUCUAUGAGGGUGGUUUCAAGAGCUGGGAGAGCAGCGUCGACCUCGUGAAGGUCUUGGAUAGUGAGAAACUAUUGUCUCCUGCCCGCCCACGUACGCUGCGUGUCAUUGAGCUUGGAUGCGGCACGGCUCUGCCUUCACUCGCAAUAUUCAGAAGCGCGGCCGUCACGUCAUCUGUCAGCUCGCCACUUUCCAUAGCCCUGGCAGACUACAACCCUUCUGUGCUGCAACUCGUGACGCUGCCCAACUUUAUCCUCACCUGGGCUCUGGCACGGAAGACCGCCACACCCGUCCUCGAGACCGCGUUUUACGAAGAGGGCGAGCUCGAGUUGACGCCGGAGGUCAUUGCCGCCUUCGAGGCCUUCCUAGCAUUGUCCAGCAUCUCUCUACGCUUCUUGUCCGGAGGGUGGUCACAGGAGCUCGUCGAGCUACUUUACGGCUCGGACGUCGCGAGCCACUCGGCCAGCGGCGAAUUUGACAGCUUGCUCAUCGGUGCCGAGACGAUCUACUCACCGUUUGCGCUCGAUGCCUUUAACGAGAUGGUCUUGGCUAUACUUUCCAGGGAGAAGGCUGAGCGCGCCGGCUGCAAGUGCCAAGCCCUCGUCGGAGCAAAGCGGCUCUACUUUGGAGUUGGAGGCUCACUGGACGACUUCAUCGCCAAGGCGCGAGGGAAGGGAGCCGUUGUCACCCAACUGCGCGAGGAGGCCGAGGGCGUUCGACGCGGUGUCGUACGCUGUGUCCUACCUGCGCCCUCUGCCUGA